AUGGUCGGCGCCAGCGAGUGGACGGAAGUACGCCGGAAGAAGAAUACAACAAGCAGGGAGAUCCCGAAAGAUGAGACUAGUUUUUUCGUGACGAACAUACCCAACGGCGCAACAAAAUCAGAGUUCAGAAAGCUAUUCUCACACGUGGGCAGAUUGACGGACAUCUACUUCGGAGACAAGAGAGGCUACAAUGGGAAAAACUUUGGCUUCAUUCGGUACAUUGGAGUGGAUCAGCCAAAAGAGAUGGAGAAAAGGCUACAGGGUGUCCAGUGUAGAGGGAAAAUAUUAGAAAUAAACAUCGCAAAACAUGGGCGAAAACCACUGAAUGAUAACAGGGUUACGACGGCGAAACUUCAAGUGCCCAAAUCCAAGAACUUUGAUUGCGGUGCAUCCGGAUUCGUUGGAUAA